CUGCGUGAUGUCUUCUUCUACUGCCCUAUUUGUGUUCAUUUACGUCUCCGUAGUUCACACUUAUCGACUGUAUAUACCCACUUUAUCGAAGAUUAUUCUGAAGAAAUUCAAAUUGCUGUGUGCAGAAAAUGAGGACAAGAAAAGGGAACUACAAGAUCUGCUGGAUCAGCAAUCUGAAAUCAAUAUGAAAGAAGAAUUUGCAAAGUAUGCAAAGGUUGAACGGAAAAUCAUUAAACUCAAAGAGGAAUUGAAAUCAUUAAAAAAUUCACAAGUUGCAACGAGAUUUACUGUCAGCUGGGGGCUCACAUUGGCUUUGAACACAGUCUAUAGUAUUUUCAUGAUUGGCCUGAUCUGGACCUAUCGAUAUGAACCUGUCAUUCUCUUAGAGGAGGAGUGGACCUGGCCUUUCGGGCGGAUCUUGGCCUUCCCAUGUGGUGUUCCUGGAGCUAUAGGUAUCACUGCCUGGCUGGCUGUCUGCUCAGCAAUGGUUGCAAGGUUACAGGAAUCUGUCAAGAGCUUUGUGCCAGGGGAGAGGACAAUUCCAAAGGCUUCUUGAAGGUACAUAGAUACACAGAUUGCAGUUCUAGGAUUCAGUCGGGUACACUGUGAAGACAUCAGGAACUUGCUACAGUUUCAUGACCUUGAUGUCUGAUUGAUCUUUGUGUCCUCAAACCAUAGGCUGAAUGUGUCUACAGGCAUUUUCUUCAAGAUCUCUCAUAGGCCUAGAUUGGCUUCGAUGAUAGUAUAAGAAUUUGCUUUCAACAGAAUGAGAGGUAUACUGUCUCUUCUCUUAGUGCAACAUCGAUGAUAGCUUUUAGACAAAACAGAAUUCAUUACUAAUUGAAAAUAAAAAUGAUAGAUGUUUGCUGUAAACAGUGCUUAGAGCGUCCAGUGGGUGACCGUGUUUCUGAACCGGCAUAGUCAGCCUG